AAAAUGCCAAAGUUACCCCGAAAACCGUUUUCUUUGCAGAGAACUUUCUCCAUCCUCCUGGCGGCAUGUCUCACCUGUCUCUUCGCCUACUACUACACCUCCGUCAAAUCCACGCCCAUCGGCUACACCAUAGAGUCUUUGGACCUGAAGGAACUUGAGAAUCUUUCAGCCGCCCUUCAACAUGAGGCGGCCAAGGCGGAGACGCAGGAAGCAGGCCCCGUCGCGCCCCAGACAGACCCUCCCGCAGCCACCUCCACCUCCACCUCCUCCUCCACCGCGGCUCCUCGGACCUCCGUCAGCCGGGGGACCACGAAGGCCGCGCCGCCGAAGAGGGAGGACGGCCUCAUGCCCUUCGAGGACGAGGCGGAUUCCAAGUUCGACAUCGCCAAGAAGAUCUUCCUGCCGGAGAAUGUCUCGCGGGAUGUGGACGGCCCGCCGCUGAAGAAGAUUCUGUUCUGGAAUGAUGCUUAUUCGAACAAGGACUUUGGCUUCGGCUUCGGGCGCGAACCGUUCAUCCGAGCCGGCUGCCGCGUCAACACGUGCCUGACGACGGGAAAGCGCGACCGGUUUCCGCUGAAGGAGCUGGACGCUGUCAUUUGGCACUUCAGGGCAAAUGACAAGUCCCUGCCUGCCGAGCGGUGGUCCCCCACACUCGCUACGUCUUCUGGAUUUGAUGGAGUCCGCCUCUCACCUCUUCGGCGACAUCAGCGAUUCAAUAAACUUUUCAACUGGACGAUGACGUACCAGGCUGGACCGGAUAUGGCCAACCCGUACAAUCGGGUGUACCGGCGCCGCCAGCCUCUGCACAUCUCCCGCAACUACACGGAAGGGAAGACGAAGCUAGCCGCGUGGUUCGUCACCAACUGCCACACCAUCGGAGGCAGGGAAAGCCUCGUGUCGACCCUCAAGAAGUGGAUCGACAUUGACGUGUACGGGGGCUGCGGACACCUCAAGUGCGAGAGGUCCCAGCAGUCCGAGUGCCACAGAAUGCUCAAUCGAACCUACAAAUUCUACUUGUCCUUCGAGAACUCUCUCUGCCAGGACUAUGUCACGGAGAAGUUCUUCAAUAUCUUACGGCUGGACGUCGUGCCCGUCGUCUACGGCCUUGGCAACUACUCCGUGCAGGCGCCUGAUCACUCCUACAUCGACGCCCUCUCCUUCCCGACGGCCAAGGACCUCGCCGACUACCUCCUCUACCUCGACGGGAACGACACCGCCUACAAUGAGUACUUCAAGUGGAAGGAGAACUACUUCGUGGCGAGGGGCGACUGGGCCCGCGUCGCCCGGGCGUACUGCACCCUGUGCGAGCGCCUGCACACGGACACGACCCCCAAGGUGUACGACCUCUUCGACUGGUUCGUGAGCAAGUCCCACUGCCUGUCCCGCUCGUCGCCCCGCGUCAGGGCCUUCAUCGGCGGGUACAGAUACUCCCAUUACAUCGCCUUUCUUGUCUCUGUCGUGGUCCUCGCGGCUGUCGUCUUCGCUUUUGUCCUGACCGUGAUUGUGGCCGAGUUCUUCCGCGCCCAGGGACGCCCCUCGCUGUCGCGGCGCCUGGCCAGGAGGGGAUGCGUCUAGCCCGGCCGGGAGGGGGGGGGCGCCCCAACGCAUUUGCUCAAAAGUGUCUUACGUGUACAUGUCUGUGCACGCGCGGGUAUAGUGUAGCUGCUCUUGCAUGUACACUUAUUUUCUCAAACUCAGUGAUAAACAGUACGUGUGUUUUGCAUAAUUAACAAGUAUAAUUUCUCUCUACAUUUGUUUAUCAAUCAAUGCAGCCUAGGCGAUCGACCACAUACUCGUUAGCACUCGUUGGAGGAUCCUCCAGAACUGCAGGGUGUACAGGAAUGCC